AUGGCAGAACAUUUUCUUGGAACCAGCAAUGAAACAAGAGGCGGCAGUCUGGACUCAUUUACAAAAAUGAAAAUUUUUUUGCGGUAUGCAGCCGAUCCAGGUUUUCAGACUGGAGUCGCCGAAGAUAUAGAAGUUAGCCAGCCUGCAGUUUCCUAUACUAUAAAGUGUGUUGCCCAAAAGAUUAUGAACAAAGCGCACAUUUGGAUUCGGUUUCCCCAGGACAAUGAAGCCAUACAAGGAGAAAAACAGCGAUGGUUAAGAAGAUAUAAUUUUCCCACAGCAAUUGGACCCAUUGACUGCACAUUAAUAAGAAUUAAAAAAAUUUAUGUAAAUAGACAUGGCAAUGAAUACAUCUUCAGAAAACAGUUCCCUGCUCUUAAUGUACAAGCAACAUGUAACGCGGAGGAAUAUUUUACAAGUGUCAGUGCUGAGUGGCCUGGAUCGGUACAUGACAGUCGCAUCUGGAGGAACAGUUCUGUGUGCCGGGUCUUCAGAACUUUUAAUAAUGCUGUACUAUUGGGAGACCAAGGAUACGGUAUAGAAAAAUGUCUGAUGAUUCCUUACAGAAAUCCAGCCACACCAAGGGAAGAAGCCUUUAAUAAUCUGUUAAAACGUGACCGGGUUAUAAUAAUAGAAAGAUGUUUUAUGUAUUUUGUGGAUAAGCAUAAACUUAUCAAAAUAAGUAUUUACUUAUAA